CAGCUGGUCACCUCCUCUCUUCUCGGCUCGACGGCGUGCACGAUGCUGGGGGCACAAUUGGCGCAGUGUUCGCGAACACUCGCUUCGUCGAGUUCGGCACGCGCUGGCUCCCUCCACACCUCUGCCGUUCUCCAAGCCGUCUCAACACGGACGCGCAGGUCCCAGCGAACACUCAAAGCGAACGUCCAGCGGCGCGAGGAGCUUGAGCGCCAGGCGCAACAAAACCGGCCCCACGUCGUCCUUGGGCACAAAGCCGGGCACGAAGCCAAGUGGCAGAACUCGGACCUCGCACAGGUGCUCAUCACGGAGGAGGACAUCCGCAACGUGCCCAAGGCAUCUGUAGACCCCAAGUCGCACGCGUUUCAUCAGACGACGUUCUUCAACUACGGCAUUGGGGAGAAGGAGAAGGAGCUGCUGUUCGACGCGCUGCCGAAGAUGACGGUGCAGGGGCUGGUCGAGGUGAAGGGGCCCAAUGCGAGUGGACAAUCGUUAUCCAGCGACUACCAGAUCGCGGAGACCAUAGAGCUGGGAAAGAGUGUGUGGUUUGCACGGCUAGUCGACCUGCGGAACGCGAACGCGCGGGGUAUUGCGUACGAGAACCGUCGCCGGAUCGUCGCGGCCUUCUCAGAGCCAGAGAACCCCACAGAUACUGGACGGCCAGAAGUACAAGCGGCCCUUGUGACCUACCAGAUCCGCAAACUCUGGGAACACUUGGGCAGGUGUAAGAAGGAUAUUGCGAAUCGACGCAGCCUCCGGAAGCUUGUCCACAAGCGAGCGAAGAUCCUUCGGUAUCUCAAAAGUGUGGACGAGGACAGGUACGAUCGGAUACUGGAAAGACUAGGCUUGGAGCGGAGUGCUGUGGAGGGCGAGUUAGUGGUAUGAUAUGCAUAUCUUAGACACAACGUAUUCUUGUCGCAGCCCACCCUACUUUAAU